CCGCCGACGGGUGCAGAGCCACACAGUGCAGGUGUGUGUGCUAUACGGCUAUCCGUGCCGUUCAUCGUCACUCGCUUUGGUAAAAACAAAGCAAGAUGCUGCUCUGUUAAAUGGAAACGACAUAUAUUAUCACACAGAUCGUCUCCAUCCAUUUUCAGCCAGGCUUUGCCCGGGUAAGGAGAAGGAUAUAUAAAACAGCUGUGGCGCUGUGGAGCUAACGAGCACUAGCUGGAGAGAGCUAGCACUAGCAAAGAGCCACACCAAGAUGGACGGAGCUGAUGCCGCGGCGAUCACAGAGGACGGGGCUACAAACAAACCCCUCGGUGGACACAGAGCAUCGGGAAACGACGUCAGUCCAUCGGCUGAGGACACAGUAAACGACAGGGUUGGGGUUUUCUGCUGUCAGGAUUGUGGAGAAGCCUUCAGAGAGGAGGCAGCCUACUUGGAGCAUCGCCAUCAGCACCUACAAGAAAAUGUGUAUUUAGAUGACCAUGUGGAUGGUUUACAUGAUGCAGAAAAGGACAAUGAAACAGCUAAAUUUUGUACUUUAUGUUCACUCUCAUUUAUUGAACUAAGUGAAUUCCAUUUGCACAUGGAGACAAACCAUGGUCAAACCUCCCAAAGGGCAUCUGGUAGUCAAAUGAAUUCUGGGAUAACAAAGCAGCACACUUACGAAUGUCUGGACUGUGGGAAAAGUUACGGUGUGAUUGGACACUUUCUCAACCAUCAGCGCUCACACAGACAAGCCUCGAAAUCUGUUUUUCAUGACCUCGAACAUUUGAAAAAAAAGUCAUUUCAGUGCGAGUCUUGCGGGCGGAAUUACUCUCGUGCUUCAGCUCUGGAUGCACACCGUCGUUGUCAUGAGGAAAAGUUAGUCAAGUCACGAAACAAGAGUUCAGGAGACUCAUUUCAUACUGAGGAGUCAGUAGUUGAAGCCAAGCCCAGUGAAAAUCAGGCGGAUGAUACUGAAAAACUUUUUAAGUGUUCAUGUGGUAAAGCCUUUUCUGCUUUGUUGCGCCUGAAAACACAUCAGCGAUUCAGCCGCAACAGUCAGUGCUCUCCAGAAGAAAUGAAAGAAAAACCAAAGAAAAGCUGCAGCGAGUUUUACUGCAGUGAGUGUAAUAAGUCUUUCAGUGGCCACAUUGCUCUCUUCAACCAUCAGCGAUGGCAUGCUAAUCACUCAGAUGACUCUGCGAAAAGGUUCCCAUGUGAAGAAUGUGGAAAAGUAUUUAUGACACUAACGUUCUACUAUAGGCAUCAGCGCACGGCGCACAGUGACGAGACCCCAGCAAAAUCGUUUCUCCAUCAAGUUUGUCAGCUGCAGAAGAAAGCAUUUGAAUGUAAGGAUUGCGGACUAAAGUUUUCCAGGGCUUCAGCACUUCACUCCCAUCAGCUUCAUCAUACAGAUGUUUUCAGAGAGACAGAGAAGGAGGCGCAGAUGCGCACCUCUCUGCUACCUCAACAAAAAAGUUUGGAAAGUGAAAGAAAAGAGACUGAGUACUUGCAGGAAAAGGUGGAAUCAGUGGGGGUGGUUCCUACCAGUAUUACUGAAGAAGACUCACAAGUAAGUGAUAUGGAUGAAGAUGUGGAGAGUUAUGAACCUGGGGACUUUAAUGUUCAGGUGAUCAGUGCAAGUGAAUCUGAGGAUGAGCCUGUCCAAGACCUGAACCCUGAUCUUGAGCUGCUGUGUGAAUCAGAUCAGGAAAUAAGAGAUGAUGGUGACACUGAAGUUUCUCCCAGUAGUCUUGUUUCCAAACCAGAGAUGGACUUGAAAAUUGUACAGAUUGACUUUGAGCAGGCUGACGAGCAGUGUGCACUGAUAGCAAGGAAAGCCGAGAGUAAAACCACAGGGGAAAGAUUUGAUUGUCCAGAGUGUUACCGUUGGUUUUCUAGUGCUUCCUCGCUGCGCGUUCACAGAAUGUGGCACGGCGUUCAUAAGAGAAGACAACAGACUCAAGGUCAGUCAGAGGCAAUUUACACAUGUGACACAUGUGGACAUGAAGCCAGUAGCUAUGCAGCACACUGCAGUCACAUAGAAAAACACGAAGCUCAGAACACAAUCAACAAUGCAUUGUACCAGGCAGAGGAAUUAGAGAAGAAAAACUUGACUUGCAGCGAGUGUGGUAAAUGCUUCUCACGUUUGUCUGCUUUAGUCUCUCAUCAGUUACAUCAUCCCAAAAGAAAACAAUUCCAAUGCCCCAAUUGUAUGAUGUCUUAUCUGCAUGCAGCUAGCUUGUUUAACCAUAUGAAAAACUGCUCUGCACAAAAGAACGAGAAUAUCUCAGUCACCAAGAAAGAAUACAACCCAAAGAAGACCCUUCUAGGCCCAAAGAUUUAUCAUUGUGAACAGUGUGGGAAGGGUUUUUGGUCUUUAGGAGCUUACUCCCAUCACAAGCAAAGUCAGACAGAGUGUGCAGAUUUGAGGCUAAGAAAAGGUGUUGUGGGAUCUUUGCACUCUAUUAAUGGACACCCACGCUCCAGUGUUAAGGUUGCAUGUCCGGUGUGUGGUAGAAAGUUUCGUCACAAGGGCAUUAUGGCGUUGCACAUGCGAAAACAUGAAAAUGGAAAUCAUAAAUGUGAACUCUGCAACAGGUCGUUCCGGCUUUUUUCCAGCCUCCUCAGGCACCAGGUUGUGCAUAAUGACCAGCUACUCCCACCACCCAUCAAGUCUUUUCAGCAUCAGGUGGAGCAGUUGAAAAAAAACACAUACAGCUGUCCUGACUGCGGGAAGCUUUUUUCACGGGCCAAAGCGCUUCAGUUUCAUAUGAAAAGCCACGGGUACGAGACUGGGCACUCGCCAUCAUCAUCACCCAGAUCUAGUGUUGUGCUGGAAGAUCGCCAAUGCGCAACAUGCCUGGCACAUUUCAACAACAAGGCCUCACUGCGGGCUCAUCGCAAACUUUGCAUUAAAAGAGACAGUCGAGCAGUUGAUUGUAAGACAGAACCCUCAGAAAAUAACAAUACUCUACAGUUACACAAAGAUAGUAUGGAUAUCAGUACGCAGGCAAGCUCUGAGCACUCAAUACUUAAUACUGAAGUAAAGAAUGAAAUGGACAGUGAGGAGUUAAAGACGGAAGAUCAAACUGGUGCAACAGAUUUGAAAUACAAAUGCAAAAAGUGCGACAGAAGCUUUUCAGUGGUUGGAGCUUUGAAUUUUCAUAAAAGAAUUCAUGCUGAGGGUCACAAAUCUGUAGCAAAAGCAAAACUGGCAAUGUCAGUAAUGCUUAAGAAACCUAAACAGGAAGAGCAAAGUAAAGGGCUGUUUCACUGUUCAGAAUGUGGGAGGCGAUUCAUGUCCAACUCUGCCCUGGGCUCCCACAAACGAUGGCACAAAGAAAAGAAAUUUUUGCGGUCCUCGCUUAAAGAUGAUGAUUUGAAAUCUGGCAUCCAUAAGACAGAGGAUGGACCUUUUCAGUGCAAUGUAUGUGGCAAGCAGUUUUUUAACCAUUGCGUUCUCCAGCGCCACCAGAUGUUUAAUACUCAGUGUCAAACCAAAACUGAGCCAGAGCCUCACUCCAACAAAAGUGCAAGUAGCAGCAGCACACUGGAAAAUUCAGAGUUUUCAUGUCCUGAAUGUAAUGAGACAUUUGUGCAGCGUUCGCUUCUUGAUGCCCACUAUGUAAAUGAGCACGGUAAAGUUUUGGAGGCUGCAGGUUAUCAUGGAGAUGGGCUUGUCUCUGUAGAACAGGUUCCAGAACAGGUUGGUGCCAGUCUCAGUGGGAAUGAGUCCAUGUCAUCAACCCUGAAGGGGAAAGCUCACCAGUGUCCCCUCUGCUCUAUGACCUUUGCUAAAGCAAGAGGUCUGCGUGCCCACAAAUGGCAGGCACACUCGAAGAGCACAAAAGGCAACAAUAAGAUUCCUUUGAGUACUAAAAAGGAGUCCAUUGCCACGAGCAGUGCAGUCAGAAAUUCAGAAGAUUCAUCAGCUGUAGAUAACAGUACAGUGAUGAACAGUUACCUUGUUGAAAAGAAAAAUAACCCUGUUGGUGGAUUAAAGAAGAAAAUCAUAUCGACACCCCCACCUGUGAAAUCCAUCUCAUGCCUUGACUGUGGGAAACAGUGCAGUUCUGCAGGCUCACUCCUUGACCAUAAGAAAGUGUGCCCGGAGGUCAAGCAGGAGUCAAAGCAGGAAAUCCAGACUCCUGAAGCCACAGCUGAGGUUUUCCCACCACUCAGCUGUCUGUUAGAGCAUACAGCCAAAUGCCUCUUUAAGUGUGAUAAGUGUGGGAAAGCGUUCCAAACAGAGGAACAAUUAGGCACCCAUAAGACCAAGGCAAAGACCCGGCCUUAUUGUUGUGCUCUGUGCUGCCAGGGCUUUUGGACCGAGAAUCAGCUGCAGCAACACCUCGCCUGGCACGACGAAGUCCGCUGUCGUCUCCCAAACGAGGUACGUUACAGGCUGAGCGCUGCUAUGACCUCAAAGCCUCUAAAACUCAACAUCCCUUCUGCCAACAACAGGGGGAAGUCCUUUCCAUCUUCUACACUGUACAGACCUACACAGACGCUCAGCACAGACAGCCAUUCACAAAGUAGCCAUAAGUGCCAGCAUUGUGGCAAAGCCUUUCUUUCACCGACUGCAUUACAAAAACACAAAACUCAGCACUGUAACAAUGAUUCGUAUCAUUGCUCCAUUUGCCCCAGGACCUUCAGUGAAAUACAGGACCUUAUCGAUCAUCACCAGGAAUGUAUCCGUGAUUACAAAAGGCACAGUGAUGCCCCCACUGCUGUCUCAUCAGGAGAUCCCAAUGGCCUUACUUGCCUCGAAUGUGGAACUACUUUUUGUCAAGAAAGUGAUUUGCACCAGCACUACAUUGAACAUGCCCGUGGAGCAUAUUAGACUAAACAAACUGAAAUGAAGACACUGUAGAUUGUGGAUUUUUGAUUUUCUUUUAGAGAUUGCAAAAUGUGCUAAGCUAGUUUUUUGUUAGGCUAAGUAGACACCUGCUUUCCCUAUUUGUUGCUAUAUUAUUUGAGAUUGUUUGUUUAUAUUUAAAAAGAAAAAGACAGUUCCUUAGGUGACUUUCUCGCUCUCAGGCUGUCCCUCUACACUGGACUAGUAUAUUUACAAAUGUUAAAGAAUAACCCCUUUUAUGAACUUGUCAGAAAUGUAUAGUUUUCAGCCACCAGUUGAUUUGACUUUUUUUUUUUUAAUAGACCUGUCAUGAAUGUCAGUUGAACCUUGUUAAUCUCUUUGGGGAUCACUGGCUGAAGUGUUGAAGUUCAUUACUAGAUAUAUUCCCCCAACCCCCCAAAAAGAUUUAGAAAAAUAUCUGCAUGUAUGUGUCUGUCCUCUUGCAUUUAAGAUUCCCAGAAAAAUGAAAAGUGCUGUCGACACACUACUUACUGCAAGUUUAUGAAGAAAAUGAAACAAUUCUGCACAACAAAUAUAUACUAAUUUAGCUGCUGUCUUUUUAAACGGCUGAGGUUUUGGCUGAAUGAGGUACUAUUUGAAUAUUUCAGAGAAAGGUAAAAAAAAAUAUAAGAAACAAUGUGCACUGUUCUUGUAAAUUGAUAGGCGAUGUCCUGAUGUUGAACAUCACAGCCAGUUAGAACCAUAAAAUAGACUCUGCAGUAAUUGUACAUUACUUACAAUACAGUUUUCAUUAAUUGAUUUAUAAGCUCUUAUGUUCUUUCCUUUUCAGUGUUAAAUUUCUGUGUUGUGAAAAGAUUAUUCAUUACUUUAACUAAAAUAGCACUCAUGUUCAUGUGGGAUAGUAGUUAGUUUACUGUACCACUUCUUUAGUGGAAAAAUGAUUUGUAUUGUACAAGAGAUGUUACUUUGCUUUAUUAAUUUAUGAAAACCUUUUUUCCUUAGAUGAACAACAUGCCCUUUGACUACUUGUUUAACUUGCUGUCUCUAAAAAAAACAACUAAAAACUAAAAAGUUAAAAAUAAAUUGAUCAGUUUUUUGGGGAAUUAA